CCGACUAGUUCAGAGUACUGGAAAUGCGGCAGCCUACCUUGGCGUUUUUAUAGCAAGAACUGGUGGCUGGUGUUGAGAGGUAGAACAAGCUGACCGCCAAGCGGGGCUUAUUAACUGUGGGUUAUAGGUUCAACUGUAGUAGUCUCCCACCCCAUCGUCACGCAACGAUUGACCGACCUUCGAAACGGGACGCGUAACAGGUAAGCAGUCCUGCCUCGUGAACAACCACAACUGGCGGUAACCAGCUUGAGAUUGAGAGACUUGGCUACUUGGCGAUGGGUGGGAGUAUGGUCCGGAGUUUAGGAACCUUCACACCGCAUGCCGCAGCAAGAACUGGGAUAUAUAUUGAGGCCGGCUUCGCCAUCGUGAAGGAAUAGAUAAGAAACGAGAGCAUCACCGCUGUCUUCUUCUUCUUCUUCUUCUUAAGCACCCUCGCCUGGCACUUAAAUUCAUCCAUCUAACGAACCGCCACGCCAUUAUGCAUUCUUCCACCUUGCUCGUCGCCGCCCUCUCCCUUCUUACCUCCCCCUCCUUUGCUCAACUGGGCAUCAACUGCCGCGGGUCUUCGAACUGCGCAUUCGUAUCGAAUCAGAGAACUGCGCUAGACCUCGCGAACGUCAUCGUCGACCGCAUCGACGUCAAUCGCUGGUACAACAACGGCGAGCACGUGGCCUGCUCUGCCGAGGGCAUCUGUGCCUUCCUGCAGAACACGGGCGGCUGGCAGGGUGCCAGGAUCCGGGAGCUCGCUCCUUAUAUUCCUCGACAUGGCUGCCAAGUUUGCGGUAGCGUCCCAACGGACUAUCCCCGCACCAACAACGUUGAGAAUGGUCAGCUCACCUUCAACUAUGUGAGCAAUCCGCAAUGCGGGCCAAGUUCGGGCGAGAGUGUUAGGUUGUGUUAGGUUAUGUUACAGCACGGCGGUGGCGGGACUCUUCGAGGGCGGUUCUUGGCGUUGAUGGGAGAAACGUUGCGGGGUUCAAAUCUCCCGCUGUUUCGCGGAAGCUGGAUGGCGGGAGUUGGGGGAUAGGGGACGGGAUGGGUUGGUGGUGUGGAAACUUCACAAAUUUCUCCUUUUGUAUCUGUCUUCCUUGCAGGAAACGCUGUUCAACACAGCCUACGGUAUUCAGGAUGAUAUCGAUAUGCGUUCCCCAUAUCUCUCAUCCCCUUGACCUGGCUGUCUACUCUUACGGUAGAUAUCCACACUGCUGCCUGCUUCCUUAGGUUAGAGAGGGAGGCUGGGAAUCACAUCUAAAUCGGUACGAAAGCGCUUCUUGGGGACGAAGUCGCCUUGCAGUUUGGUGUUCUCGUCCUUCCGUGGACAAGUCG